AUGCUGAGGCAGCUGGGACUUGUGGGCCAGGGUACCAGGAGCAGGGAGUCACACAGAGAAGGAGCUCGAGAAAUCCACCUAUUGGUCCUCUUAUCUUCGUCCAAAUACAAUUCUUACACACAGCGCAGCUCAGUGAGACUGGCAGAAAACAGCUAUGGGGGUUCUGUGAGCUCACGGGAGGUUUUGGACUUCCCACAGAGCACGACCAUCCCGAGUGAAGAGACUUUGUUGAACACUGUGGGCUUUCGCCUGGGAGCCAGUGGGACCAGGCUCUCCACUAAGGGCUGCGCUAGACCCCAUCUAACAAAGCUUAAAAACAAGCCUCCAAGUCAAAGCCAGCUCUUCACAUUCCAGGAGACAUUGGCCUCCCCAGAUUUGAUCUUUCCAAUUCGGCUGCCGGUGGACUAUAAGGCACUUGCCCCAACUGCUCAAGAAGUUUUAGGUUACUAUCAAGAAACAUCAGGCUGUAAAGUGGUUAAGACUUCGGACACAUUCAUGUGUCAUACCAUUACACAAAGUUUUGCCAUGGGCUCAAACCCCCGGGACUUUAUCGACUUAGUGUAUUUGAAGCACUACAAAGGGAAUAUGGAUAUUAUCAGUUCUACCAGAGUGGAUUUUCCAGCACAUCCUCCAUCUUCAAAUUAUAUUCGUGGUUGUAACCAUGCUUGUGGCUAUAUGUAUUCACCUCUGCCAGAGAACCCAGCAUAUUCCAAACUAGUGAUAUUUGUCCAGAAAGAAAUGAGAGGAAAAUUGGCCCCGUCAAUAAUUUAAGCAACCAUGUCUUCCAAUUUAGUAAGCUUCAUCCUCAAUGUAAAAGAUGGAAUAAAGGCAAACAAAAUUCCAUCAGGACGUGGAUGUCAUCAUAAUGGGCAUUCGUCAUUCCUAAAGAAGAAAUGA